AUGUCGCCUCUUUUGCGUGGAUACUCGCGAUAUUUGUAUCGGCAACCGCUUAUUGUAGCCGUCGUUGCUGUGGUUCUCACCGGCCUUCUGCCUCUUAUCGUCCUCUAUUUUCGACCGAUUCAACUCAGUCAGAAUGCUGAAGUUGGAUUUGACACGAAGGACACGGAUUUGUCCGGGCAGCGGCUGGCAUGGCAGAAGAUGCAACAGACCCUUCAGAGGACGAAUCGAAUUGUCUUCGCCAAUCGACCACCACUUUAUCCUGACGCACAGGCUAAUGCCUCGAAGGAGGUGACGGCGAGGAAGAGAGCAAGACGAUCAUGGGCUGAUGAAUUACUCAACACUUUCAACAAAGUUCCAUGCUAUGAUGCCCCGAUUCCCUUCAGUGCGUUUCAAGCUUAUUUUAGUUCUUUUCUUGGAGCAAUUAAAAGCGAUAUUUCAGUGAAUUAUCUCACUCAAGUGGUUAUUGAGGUGCCAAACCUGUCGAGCAUAUUCGACCCUGCAUUUCUUCACAAGAUGUGCUCAAUGCACGAUCAUAUUGCCGCAGAACUGAGCGCUUUUGACAACUACACGCCCUAUCGGAACGUUUGGAGCAUCGCCAACUUUGUCUCAUGUCUGUCGCCAAACUUCCUUUUCAAUUGCACAGAACUUUCUGCUGCUGAUGUGGAUACUGUACGUAACCUCAUCAAUUACUGUGUACCGUACCGCGAUCGAUUGAUAGCUUGCCAAGUGGCCUGCAAGGACAAUCCCUCCUGUCCCUCGUGUCGAGAAGUGCCGUCGAAUUGUUCAUCGAUUAUGAUGUUCGAUCUGUUCUAUAGACUUCUUCCUCGCGAUCUGGAUGCUCAGCCACUUCAUCUGAACACUUUUCUGCCAGUGUUCACUUUGACCGGCUAUGCUACUCAAAAUAUUGCUCUCAGCAUCGAUCCUUACAACAGACUCGAAAAGGCGAUUGUUCGUUUCAUGGAACACGAACAUCUCCUCAUGAAAGGUAUAAAUCAUUGCUUAGUGUUCUCUUCCCUCAAGUGCAACAAUCGUAGCAUGUGUGUUCCUAUUCUCCCGAAAGCUCACCUCAAAACUCGUUCCGAAACUGGAUCCCAUCGCAGUGGCCUUUUUUAG